AUGCGAGCUUCCCGAGUCGUCAAUGCCAGCGGCAUCCGCAGCGCCGUCGUGGUGAGUGCCGUGAGGACCCCCGUAGGCAGCUUCGGCGGCGUGCUUUCCACCGUGAGCGGCCCCCGCCUCGCCGCCGCCUGCAUCACCGCCGCCCUCCAGCGCACCCAGGGCGGCCAGGUCGACGCUGCCGAGGUCACCGAGGCCAUCAUGGGUAACGUCAUCUCCGCCAACGUCGGCCAGGCCCCCGCUCGCCAGGCCGCCAUCCUCGCCGGGCUGAAGGAGAGCACGGUGUGCACGACGGUGAACAAGGUGUGCGCGUCGGGCAUGAAGGCCAUCAUGUACGGCGCCCAGUCCAUCAUGCUGGGCCACCACGAGGUCGUCAUCACCGGCGGCUUCGAGUCCAUGUCCAACGUGCCCUACUAUCUCGAGAAGGCCAGGACUGGUUACCGUUACGGCCACGGGCAGCUGAUCGACGGCGUGCUGAAGGACGGCCUCACCGACGCCUACGACGGUCAGCACAUGGGCAUGUGCGCCGAGAAGUGCGCCAAGGACCACGGCUUCACGCGGGAGCACCAGGACGAGUACGCGGUGACGGCCUACCGCCGCGCGGCCGAGGCCUGGAAGCAGGGCUGGUUCAACGACGAGGUCGUGCCCGUUUCGGUGCCCGGCGGUCGCGGCAAGGAGACCGUCGUCGCCGAAGACGAGGAGUACAAGAAGGUCAACUUUGACAAGAUCUCUUCCCUCAAGCCCGCCUUCCACAACGAGGGUACGGUCACGGCUGCCAACGCGUCUUCGCUGAACGACGGCGCAUCGGCGAUGCUGCUGAUGAGCGAGGAGAAGGCCAAGGCCCUCGGCCUCAAGCCCCUCGCUAGGAUCCUCGGCUUUGCCGAUGCUGAGCAGGCGCCCAUCGAUUUCGCCACCAGUCCCUCGCUGGCCAUCCCCAAGGCGCUGAAGCACGCCGGCGUGGAGGCCAAGGACGUCGACUACUGGGAGAUCAACGAGGCCUUCUCCGUCGUCGCCCUCGCCAACGCCAAGCUUCUGGGCAUUUCGCUGGACCGUCUGAACGUGCACGGCGGUGGCGUGUCGCUGGGCCACCCCAUCGGUUCGUCGGGCGCUCGCAUCGCCGUCAGCCUCACCCACAUCCUCCGCCAGAAGGGCGGCCGGAUUGGUGUGGCGUCGAUCUGCAACGGCGGCGGCGGCGCUUCGGCCAUCGUCAUCGAGAAGCUGUAA